AUGCUGAUGAACCAGCAGCAACCGAUGACGGUACAGACUGCUGUUGAUAAAUGGGCUGUUGUGAGCGCAUUUGGCCAUACACUUGUGGAGCAUUUUGAGGCAAAUGACAAGUUGGCAUCAAUGUGCUCGCUUUUGGAAUAUCGCAGUAUGCUGGUACAGGAUAGCUAUACGGAUUUUUCAAAGGGUUUUGUUGCUGCUGCUGCUGCUGCACUUGCAGCAAAUCAUGCGAUCCGUGAUGGACUGUUGCAGCGUACGGAUACGACUGCGGAUUCUUGUAAAUAA